AUGCCUUUAAGCUAUAAACAUUAUUGUAGGUAUGUCAGUUUAUGUACACGUAUAAAAGAGGCUGAUCGCAUAAAAAAUAAUUUUCGUAUAUAUUCUAAUAACCUUCAUAAUGCAACUACGAAUGAGAAAAAUGCAAACAACUAUUUUGAUUACAAUGAAGACUAUAAAUUACUCAAGCGCCUUCAAACGAAUGAUUUAGGGGGCAUAUUAGAUAUUAAGGAUGAAAAAAGCGCCUUAAAGAAAUACUUGAAAUUGCUAAAACUGUACCAUCCUGAUACAUACAUGAAGGAGAAGAACGAACAAAGAAAGAAAAACAAAGAAGAAAUUUUUCUUCAAAUUUAUAAUAAAUACAAAUAUUUCAGUAAACAGUAUGAAAACCUGCACAAGUCAGAAAUUUUUGAUGAGGCCUUUUAUGAAAACGAGGAGGAAAGAAGUGAGAGACUAGAAAGAUAUCGAAGAUACACCGAAGGGAAGAGAAUCGAUACAGACCUCAAGCACAUUGAAGUUUAUAUUUUAAUGAGUAUUUUGUUAAUAUUCUUUGCAGUGUUUUUCAUAUGUGCUUAUCUCCCCUUCAACAUAAAUUGUAUUAGAGAUGAAUUUUAUGACACCACGGAAGGAGGAGAGCAUGCUCAAAUGGUUUCUUGUUUUUAUAACCCUAUCAUGAAAAGAUAUGAAUAUCUCACAGGGAGUUUUAUUCCUCCCAAACCUGAACAGCUAUAUUAUUUUUACAAGAACAAUUUCCCCAAUUUGUUCCUAGACGAGGAUAUUUUGAAGUUGAAGCGUUUCGAAAUAGUUAAAUUACCAAAAAAUAGAGCGAAAAAAUGCAGACUAGUGUAUGACUUAAAAACAAACGAACUUAUUUUUUUGAAAAAAAAAAAAAAGGAAUGA